CUCACUGCGUCAACCAUCAUCAUGUCAUUCUCAAACGCACCAGCCAAUAUAACUCCUCCCGAAUCGCCUACCACUGCAGACUUUAAAACAACAUGGACCUUCAUCAAGCAGCGAAUGGACCACAUUAUGACCACAGACGAGAGCGUCUCCCCUGAUGAUAGAAGCGUCUCUAUACAGCGGCAUACGACUACUGUUCAGCCUAUUCGCCUUAUCACGAUUAUGUUUUCAGCUCAACAACAACAAGGGGCUGGUGAAUCGGUCAUCGUGGGCUGCCCAGAACUGUACGGCAACGUCAUUGAAUAUUUUAUCAAUCGCGUUCGAGCUUCUCAAGGAUCAAUGCGAUAGCCUCCAAGAUGAAGCCCUCCUGCGGCACUAUGCCAAUGCAUGGAACAGAUAUUCAACAGGUGCUAACAUAAUAAACCAAAUAUUUUCCAACACCGAAAACGACUCUAAUAUUCAUGAGGAAGAAGAAGAUCAGAGAAGAGUGUUUUUCGGUAUACACUAUGGCACUCAGGAAGUGGAAAGGCAUCCUUAUUUCCCA